AUGCGUUACCAAUUCGUUUCCGCCGCCAUCUUGGCCUCCAUCUCCUCCGUCUUUGCCCAAACUGCUGGCUUUGACGCUAUCUCAGUUCCCACCAACGGUCAAGUUGUCAGUGUUGGAGAUGUUUUGGACAUCACCUGGGCUCCUAACUCCGUCUCCGGAACUGUUACCAUCAAGCUCUUGGAGGGUGCUUCCCCUGCUACCUUGAACUACGACCCUGUCGUCGUUGCCACCUCCGUCAACAACUUGGAUGGAUCAUACAAGUGGACCGUCCCAGCUUCCGUUGGUAGCUUCGCAACCUACGGUAUUGCCAUCUUCCUCGAUUCGGAUGUCAACACUUUCCAAUGGUCCUUCCCAUUCGUCAUUAACGCCGCUGCUUCCUCCUCUUCCUCUGUCAUCGUUUCAACCACCGCCUCAUCAUCUGUUGUCGCCUCUACCUCCGCCGUGACCUCUGUCGUCGCCUCUGCUACCACCGAGCCACACGCUGCCUUGUCCUCCUCCACCAGCUCUGUCUUCUCUAGCAUCUCUGGUAUCCCAGGUGGAUGCAACCCAGCCCACCCAGGAUCCUGCCCAAGCUCCUACUUCAGCACUGUCACCACUGCUACCGCCACCCCAGCUCCAGUUCCUACCGCUGCCCCAGCCACCAAUGGAACCGCUUCCAACGGAACCUGGACUGCUCCUUCCGGAUCUAACGUCACCUUGAGCUCCAGUGCUUCUGCUACCAAGACCGGCUCCGGUGUUGUUACCGCUACUGGCGCUGCUUCAGCAAAGGUUGCUACCGGCUCCUUCGCUUUGUUGGGUGGUCUCUUUGCUGCUUUCAUGUUGUAA